AAAAAACGCGCAUGCAGACAGAUUUAAAAACCGCUGGAUUCGGGGCAUUCGUACGUAGUUGUAUGUUGUUUGGCUGCGAAGUGCGAAUGAUAAGAUGUCUCUUUCCAAACCGAAAAGGAAAGUGGAUGAAGAUCACAGACAGUUUCAAGAAAGAUGGACGUUGCAGUAUUUUUUUGUGGAGUUUAAUGGAAACGCUACCUGUAUGAUAUGCAAAGAAAAAGUCGCUGUUCUAAAGGAAUAUAAUCUCAAACGUCAUUACUCGACUAAACAUGGAGAACAGUAUGAUAAGUACCAGGAAGACGAGAGAAAAAGACGAGCCACGCUGUUGCAGAGAGAGCUAACGUCCCAGCAAAACAUUUUCCAUAAAGCCAAAAAAGAUGCUGAUGCUGCAGUUGUGGCAAGUUAUGUGGUGAGUGAGUUGAUCGCUAAAGCGGGAAAGCCAUUCACAGAAGGUCAGUUUAUAAAGGAUUGCAUGCAGAAAGUCGCUGAUAUUCUUUGUCCAGAAAAGAAAAACUUGUUCAACAAUCUAUCUUUGUCGGCGAACACAGUGGCAGAGCGGAUCAGCGAGUUAUCGAGUGACAUUUAUGAUCAGUUACGCAGCAAAUCUAAAGAUUUCACAGCAUAUUCUGUGGCGCUUGACGAAAGUACAGACAUAACCGACAGUGCUCAGUUAGCAAUUUUCAUCAGGGGUAUUAAUGACCAAUUUGAAGUGACAGAAGAGUUGUUGAGUUUGUGUCCAAUGCAUGGCCGUACCACAGCCAAAGAUAUAUUUCAGCAGCUGUGUGACGCCAUUGAGCGCGCUGGUUUGCUGUGGAACAGGCUGGUCGGCAUUACCACUGAUGGUGCCCCGUCUAUGACAGGGAAAAAAAAUGGACUGGUAGCACUAGUACAGAGAAAGUUAGAAGAGGAAAAUGCAGAUGCAGCAGUUGUUCUGCACUGCAUUAUACACCAACAGGCACUGUGCAGCAAAUGCUUGAAAUAUGAACAUGUCAUGUCUGUUGUCCUGAAAUGUAUAAAUUACAUCAGGUCUAGGAGUUUACAGCAUCGCCAGUUACGGGCCUUUUUAGAAGAAAUUGAGUCAACAUAUGGUGAUGUACUUUAUUUUACUGAGGUCCGCUGGCUCAGCAGGGGGAAUGUCCUGAAGAGAUUCUUUGAGUUAAGAUCAGAGGUGAAGAGAUUCAUGGAAGAUGGCAGAAUGGAUGUUCCUGAAUUUGAUGAUCCUAAAUGGGUCAUGGACCUUGCAUUCUCAGUUGACAUAACACAGGAGCUGAACAUCCUUAACCUGAAGCUCCAGGGCCCAGGUCAGCUCAUCACAGCAGCGUAUGACAGUGUGAAAGCCUUCUCCACAAAACUAAGAUUGUGGAAAACUCAGCUUUCUGCAAAAAACCUUAGUCAUUUCCCAACAUGCAGAUCUCUUGCGGAGGAGGGCACAGCAUUUAGUGGUGAUGAAUAUGCCUCUGCUAUUGAAAACCUACUGCAGGAAUUUGAUCAACGUUUUGCUGACUUCAAGGCACAUUGUGUCAGUUUCCAGCUGUUUGCAGACCCCUUCUCAGCUGAUGUGGAGAGUGUUCCAAAUCUUUUGCAAAUGGAACUAAUUGACUUGCAGUGCAACAGUGAGCUAAAAACUAAAUUCAGAGAGGCACAGGGACAAGCAGACAAGACUGGACAGUUUUUAAGAGAAUUACCUCCAUGCUUCCCAGAGCUGUCCAAAGUGUUCAGUCGGGUAAUGUGCCUUUUUGGAAGCACAUAUCUGUGUGAGAAACUUUUCUCAACUAUGAACUUCAAUAAAUGCAAGUACAGGUCCAGGCUUAGUGAUGCCCAUCUUGAAGCUGUACUCAGAGUUUCAACUGUGACCUCCAUCAGGGCAAAUGUGGCUCAGUUGUGUGAGCAGAAGCGCUGCCAGGUGUUUGGCAAGAAAUAGAAUGGUGUGCAAAUGUAUUCAGGGUUUGUUCAGUGCAAUGUUGUUAUUUGAUCGCUAGGUUUUUUUUUAUUUAAGUCAAAAUAAAGAAAGGGAAAAAUAUUUGCACUACCUGUUCAAGACUAAUAUAUAUGCGGUUAUAACAAUAAUAGAGACAAUGCUGUUGUUAAGUUUGACAAAAAUAUUUUAGCAAUGUAAUUUGAAGUAAAUAAAAAAAUAAUGUUUAAAAAAUUUCCACUUUCUUGUUGUGCUUGAAUGUUAAAAUGGCCCUCCUAUGAGGUGUCAAUCACAUCAAUGGCCCCCAGCCAAUUUGAGUUUGAGACCCCUGC